AUGACGUCGGCCACCAAGGUGUACUACAGCCAGACCACGCAGACCGACAGCCGCCCGCUCAUCGGCUCAGGGCUGCGCCGGCGGCGGGUGAUGACCAAGGAUGGCCGCAGCAACGUGCGGAUGGAGCACAUCGCCGACAAGCGCUUCCUGUACCUCAAGGACCUGUGGACCACCUUCAUCGACAUGCAGUGGCGGUACAAGCUGGUCCUCUUCUCCGCCACCUUCGCCGGCACCUGGUUCGCCUUCGGCGUCAUCUGGUACCUGGUGGCCGUGGUCCACGGGGACCUGCUGGAGUUCGACCCGCCGGCCAACCACACGCCGUGCGUCAUGCAGGUGCACACCCUCACCGGUGCCUUCCUCUUCUCCCUGGAGUCCCAGACCACCAUUGGCUACGGCUUCCGCUACAUCAGCGAGGAGGGGCCCCUCGCCAUCGUCCUGCUCAUCACCCAGCUGGUCCUCACCACCAUCAUGGAGAUCUUCAUCACCGGCACCUUCCUGGCCAAGAUCGCCCGGCCCAAGAAACGUGCCGAGACCAUCAAGUUCAGCCAAAACGCAGUGGUGGCCCAACACAACGGCAAGACCUGCCUGAUGAUCCGCGUGGCCAACAUGCGCAAGAGCCUCCUCAUCGGCUGCCAGGUGACAGGCAAGCUCCUCCAGACCCACCUCACCAAGGAGGGCGAGAGCGUCCGCCUCAACCAGGUCAACGUGGACUUCCAGGUGGACACCUCCUCCGACAGCCCCUUCCUCAUCCUGCCCCUCACCUUCUACCAUGUGGUGGAUGACGCCAGCCCCUUCCGGGACAUGGCCCUACGGACGGGCGAAGGCGACUUCGAGCUGGUGGUCAUCCUCAGUGGCACCGUGGAGUCCACCAGUGCCACGUGCCAGGUGCGCACCUCCUACCUGCCCGAGGAGAUCCUCUGGGGCUACGAGUUCACCCCGGCCAUCUCCCUCUCGGCCAGCGGCAAGUACGUGGCCGACUUCAGCCUCUUCGACCAGGUGGUGAAGGUGACGACGCCCUGUUGCCUCCAUGAGACCGUCCGGUUUGGGGACCCCGAGAAGGUCAAGCUGGAGGAGUCGCUGCGGGAGGCGGCGGAGCGGGAGCGGGAGGGAGCACCCCUGAGCGUCCGCAUCAGCAACGUCUGA